ACUGGGUAUACGGCGAAAUGUUCUGCAAGGUAUCCCCUUUCCUCCAGACAACAGCCGUAGCAGUCAGCGUCCUCUCCAUGCUGUCAAUCUCCAUCAACCGAUACUUCGCCAUACACGUCCCUCUUCGCGCCAAAAUCCUCUUCUCCAGGGCUCGCGUCCACGUGAUGCUUGCCUCCAUCUGGACCCUCGGGCUCUCCGCUGCCAGCCCCCUCCUCUUCGUCAAAACCGUCACGACUUACGGGAUACCUGGCGUGUACGUCGCUCGCGUCUGCCAAGAAAUCUGGAGCAAAACCAUUCUGAAACACGCGUACAACAUGACGAUAUUCCUCCAGUUCUUUCUGUGCCCGCUAUUGGUCAUGAGCGUGCUCUAUCUGAAGAUCUCCGUGGCGCUGUGGUCGAAUAACCGAGAGCUGUUCCACACGGCGCCAAAACAGCAAACGUUCAUGUCUCCUCAGGUGGAUCGUCUGCUGCUGCAGAGACGGAAGACAGUCCGCACGCUGGUGCUUCUGGUGGUUCUCUUCGCCUGCUCCUGGCUUCCCUACUACGUGGUGAACGCCUGGCUGGACUUGAACGCGGGGUCCAGCCAUGCCGGAAGGGUGAACAGCUACGUGUACCCGCUGGCACAACUGGUGUCGUUGUCCAACUCCAGCGUCAACCCCAUCCUCUACUGCUUCCUCAGCAACGGCUUCCGGAGGGCGCUGACCAACAUGUGCUGUUGUCGCCGCAACAUCCGGGCCCGACACAGCAUGGCCAUGACGGUGAGGUAUCGGUGCAGUGACGACAGCGGCCUGGGCAGUGUGGACACCGUGCUGUCUUAGGGCAAGGGUCACAGGUCAAAGGUCAGGGGUCAGAGGCGUGGGCAGUGUGGACACCGUGUUGUCUUAAUGCAAGGGUCACAGGUCAAGAGUCAUCUGUCAAGGUCACCGGUUGAAGGUCACCCGCCAAAGAUCAGUAGUCUAGUCAGAGUGUGGAGACGGGUCUGUCUUAGGUCAAAGAUUUACGACCGAAUGCCAGUUGUCAAAGUUCACAGGUCAGAGGUCGAAAAAUGGACGAUCUUGGCAGUGUGUGGACGGUGCUGUCAUAGGCCAAAGAUCUUACGUCGCUCGCAACUGCAUAAGGUCAUAUGAGCGCAAAGGGAUGUUUAGUUCCAGUAAGGUUUUAC